CCCUUCCCCAAAAAAGAGAGCGGAGGCGCUCCCAGCCAAAGAGUGAGCCCGAACUUUACGCACAACUGUUGCUCAGAAGCACACCAGCGCUGCAAGAUCCCGGAAUGCGAGGCUAAAGAAUGCAAACAUCCUUGUCAUUUGGAGGCUUAUUUUGAAGAAGUGAAUACUUUUUUUUAAAAAAAAUCCAAAAUGAACAUUCAAAGAGCAACAUUGUUUCUAUGUUCGAUGAUUUUGUACGUGGACAUCUGUCUAAGCCAGAGAGACUGCACAGGUGUGGACUGUCCUGUUCUCCAGAACUGCAUCGAAAAUGUUUUAGAAAAAGGCGCCUGCUGUCCUAAAUGUAUACAAAACGGCUGCACCUGUGAGGGCUACCAGUACUAUGACUGUGUGAAAGCAGGCUUCAAGGAUGGGAAAGUCCCAGAGGGGAAAUCUUACUUUGUGGAUUUCGGAAGUACCGAGUGCUCCUGUCCUCAGGGAGGAGGGAGGAUAAGCUGUCAUUUCAUUCCAUGCCCUGAAAUUUCCCCCAACUGCAUUGACAUUUUACAACCUGCAGAUGGAUGUCUGCAGUGUGGUCGUAUUGGCUGUGCCCAUGGCAACAAGAAGUAUGAAGCGGGGCACUCCUUUCAGAUAGACCAUUGCCAAGUUUGCCACUGUCCAGAUGAAGGUGGAAGGUUAAUGUGCUCACCCAUCCCUGGUUGUGAUCUCCGCAGUGUUAAUAAGCCCAUGUGGGUCACAACUACAGAGAACAACAAUCCUUUGAGAGACUUUCGAGGCAAUCGCAACAGCCAACAAACGAGUCUUGCAGAACCAUUUUCCAAGCUGGUGAGGGAAAACACUCUACCGCUGUACAAGCAGGACCCACCCAGUUUUGGCACAGAGGAUUAUGACUAUACUCUGGCAGAGCCAACAUCUUCCACUAUCCAAAAUCUGGCCCAACCACUGGAAUCUACUACAUUACCACCAGCUUACCCAGAGUCAAGCUCCACUAGCCUCAGCCCUCAUGAUGAAAGAAGACACAGGCUACAAGAAGUAAGCCCAAAUACACAAAGGAGCAUGGAGGAUGAGGUUACUCAUAAUAUGGAUCCAACUACCACAGGGGGUGAAAACAAAACAUCAUCACCAAAAGCAACUACAGCCACACAGAUAGUGACCACUGGGCACCAUAGGCCACAACAGGAAACUGGAGAAAGACCCAUGAAACAUGGCAGUCACAGAAACAGAGCGGGACAGGAUACUCUAAGAGACACAGCACGCACUGCGCGUACCAACAGCCGGCACGUUGGCCACAACAGACAAAGUCAGGGCGACCCCCAUUCUGUCUCCAACAAAGGACAUGAAAAGGCAGUGGAGCACAGGCAGCUGAUUGAUAAAGAGGAACAACAGUUAUACCCUACAGUUCAAUUCAGUCCCACUAGAAGAGCUCCAGUCAGGAUGAGAGAGGAAGGCGAGGAGCAUCAAAGACAACCUCAAACACUCAGCAGCUAUCAGACUCGAGAUGCUGAGGCCUACACAGAAAGGAUCCAGGAAAAACAAUUGUUCAUGGAAAGACUGUUCUCCCAAGAUAUCAUUUAUCUACCUUACUCAGAAGGGAAAAUUACUAUAUCUAUGUCUGCCAAGGAGCAGCUGAAAACCUGCUGUGAGACAGGGGCGAAAUGGGCUUCAGCUAAUGGUCACUGUAACAACAUGGAACCACCCGCAAAAGAUAUGCACUCGAUGUGCUUGACUGCCCAACAACAGUGCUGCCUCGGUUCCCUGAGAGAAAGUCGGUGCUUGGCUGGAGUGAAUGCAGCCAGAGCAGGAAAUAUGUGCAGAGAAGAUGCCAGCAAUAAAUGUGGGAUUGAUUCUUACAAGGAGUGCUGCACUUGCUGCUCCCUUGGGCUGCAGUUCCGCAGUGAGGGGCAUCGCUGCGAAGCCCACCACUACCUGGAUUUUCACUGCAGACACAUCUUUCUAACCUGCUGCGAGGGGGAGGAGGGGAGGACUGCGAAUCAAGAUGGCCGGCACACUAUCAGAGAAAGGCCUCCUUUGAACUUUACUCCACCACCAAAAAAAGUAUCGGACAACCCGUAUCGUAGAGAGGCCUUCUCCAUUGGUCAAGAGCAGAACGGCGAGAAUGCAGUGGAGAGUCCUGUUGAGGUGGAGGAUAUGGAUGAGUGCCUCAUAUAUGAGGGCAGCAUCUGCCACCACAUCUGUGUUAACACAAUAGGCUCCUUCCGGUGUGAGUGUAACCCCGGAUAUGUGCUGCAAGAGGACACUUUCUCUUGUGUGCAAGAGACGGUGGAUGAGGAGAACAGACUGCAGGAGGUUGACAGAGCAGCAGUGGAACCCACCUCUCCACCUCCGCCGUCAGUCCUACUCGACCCCUGUGAAGAAAACAGCAUCUGUGAGCAACAGUGCACUCCAGUGGGCGGACAGCCCCAAUGCUCCUGCUCGCCAGGAUUCUCUUUGAGAGCUGACGGACGCUCGUGUGAAGACACAAAUGAGUGUUUGUCUCCACAUGCCUGCCAGCUGAAUGAGCGCUGCGUGAAUACUGCAGGGAGUUAUGUCUGUCAGAGACCGAUCACCUGUCCGCCUGGAUACCAGAUCAACAAUGACAUUUGUGAAGACAUCAAUGAGUGUGCGCAGAGAAGCCAUAACUGUGGAGAUGGCUUUGACUGUGUGAAUACAGAGGGCUCUUUCAGAUGCAACCCCAAAACUCGAUGUCCUGUGGGCUUUAGCCACAACAUGCAGGGCAGGUGUGUAGACGUUGACGAGUGUGGUGCUUUGACCCAGCCGUGCAGUCCAGGAUUUAACUGCAUCAACACAAUGGGAUCCUACAUUUGCAACAGAAAGAUAACAUGUAGCCGUGGCUAUCAUGCUAGUCCUGAUGGCUCCAGAUGUGUCGAUGUGGAUGAAUGUCAGAGCAACGUAAAUCGAUGUGGAGAAGGCCAGCUGUGCCACAAUUUACCUGGCUCGUAUCGUUGUGAAUGCCGAACAGGCUAUCAGUAUGAUUCAUUCAGAAGGAUGUGCGUAGAUAUAAACGAGUGUUGGAGCUACCGAGGCCGUCUGUGUGCCCAGACCUGUGAGAACACCCCAGGCUCCUAUGAGUGCUCUUGUACCUCUGGUUUCCGCUUAUCUGGUGAUGGCAAGAACUGUGAAGAUGUGAAUGAGUGUCUGGCCAACCUAUGCAGUCAGGAGUGUGCCAAUGUCUAUGGUUCCUACCAGUGCUACUGCAGACAAGGCUACUACCUUAAGGAGGAUGGCCACACCUGUGAAGACAUUGACGAAUGCUCCCAGAGCAUUGGCCAUCUGUGCACCUAUAAGUGUGUGAAUAUUCCAGGCAGUUACAAGUGUGCUUGUCCUGACUAUGGGUAUACCAUGUCUCCAAAUGGACGAUCUUGCAGAGAUAUCGAUGAGUGUGCCACAGGGGCCAAUAACUGCUCCUUAGCUGAGACGUGCUACAACAUUCAAGGAGGGUACCGCUGCCUUUCUUUUACCUGUCCGGCAAACUACCGAAAAGUGUCUGACACACGCUGUGAGCGAAUCAGCUGUCCUAACUACCUGGAGUGUCAAAACUCUCCUCUAAGAAUCACCUACUACUACCUCAGCUUCCAAUCCAACAUCAUCAUCCCUGCUCAGAUCUUCCGCAUCGGACCCUCUCCUGCCUAUUCCGGAGACAACAUCAUUGUCAGUAUCACAAGCGGAAAUGAGGAAAACUACUUCAGCACAAGGAAGCUGAAUGCCUACACGGGUGCCGUGUUCUUAAACCGUCAGGUUCAGGGUCCCAGGGAUUUCCUAAUCAACGUAGAGAUGAAGUUAUGGAGACAAGGGGCAUUUACCACCUUCCAUGCCAGGUUAUACGUCUUCAUCACAGGCAACUUACUUUAACAGCUGGAAUUGUGCUGUGGCCAAUAUGGACCUUUAAGCAAUUCCUUAGGACUCAUCUUUAGCACUGUUUAACAAUACCACUGUCACUAAUGUCCAGCAGAAGUUAUUAUUAAAGCAUGACUAUAGAAAAUUAUGGAAAGAAGCUUUCUACUUUGUGCCCCUUAAACAUUACAUCUUUUCAAAAAAUCUUCAAAGUCUUAGCCGGAAAUAACACAUUUGGGUAUAUGAAAUAUUUAAAUACCACAAAAGUGACGCUUUUUGCAAAAUUAUAGACAAUGACCAAGCUUCUGCCACUUUUUAUAUAUCCACUUUCUGCUGAUAUCAUUGCGUUUAAUGGCAAUUUGUAGGUUCACAGCUUUGAUAAAAAUGAUUUCAGAACAGCUGUCCAAUUUCUUUUACUGUGCACUGCUGCUUUUGUUCUGUCUUUGAUGCAUUUUAAAAAUAUAUUUAAUCCUUCAUUGUAUGUUAAAUUUUUAUAUCUCUGUACCUCUCAGACAUAUUAUGGAUGGAUGUAUCAUAUUUUUUAUGCUAAACCCAUAAACAACAAAGUAUUUUAGUAAAAUAUUUAAAAACCA